UAUCGAACCCAACCCAUUCAAGAUGGCGACCUACAGUUGAUCAUAAUGAAAAGGCACACAAAUAUAGGUUAAGACUGUUAUUCGUCUUAAAGUCGAGCGACAUUACAGAUUCCGUUGAUGAGAUUGUAACUUAGAAGUGUUACAAUGGAGCCUAGCGAAGAAAAUGUGCAAAUGCUCAUAAAUAUGGGUUUUGGAGACCUUACAGAUAUCAAGAAAGCACUCCGCCUUGCACAGAACGACGUGAACGAGGCAGUGGCGAUUCUCACGCAGGAACAACCGGGUCUGAGUUAUGAAACAGUGGAGGAGGAAACGAAGGAAGCACCGCCACCGGGAACUCUCCGGCGGACAUUUGGACCGCAAAACCGUCUCGCACCCGACCCGCCCCCUCCUUCCUAUGACGAAGCUGUUGAACCAGUGGAGGAUGAAGAUCCUAGCUCCAGCAGCGUGGAAGCAAGAGAGGAGGAGAGUGUGGAAGUUUCCAAGGAGUUCCCUCAAGGAAAUCUUUACGAGCUGGAGGGCAGAGUUUUCACUGACCAGUGGUCAAUACCUUACAAGAAAGAGGAAUCGCUGGGGAAAUGUUUGGUCGCUGCCACCAGAUUAGCCAGUGAAGGUUUGCUGGAGAAUGAUGAGAACUGCGUGCGUUUUGUGAACCGAUGCAUGCCUGAAGCUUUCCGUAAGCUCAUGACUUCCAAGGCAGUUCAUCGAUGGGGCGCUGAGAUCCAUGAAGGCAUCUAUAACAUGCUACAGCUUUUCAUUGAGCUAGUGGCUGUCAGACUCAAAUAUAAACCUGUACCCAUAGAGCUUCUUGAGGUCCUUGGCAUGGCCUUAAACCCAGAGACAGAGUUCCAUUAUAAGAACAGGGCCAAGAAAUGGGACCAUAUAUUCUGGGAAGAGAAGUUUGGUGUGAACAGCACAUUCGCCGUAAGCCCGCCCUUCGAGACGUACAAGGACCCCUGUGGAUGGCUCGUCAAUCUGAUCAAUGCUUUUGCUUACCAUGGAGGUAUGGAUCAGAUUCGAGACAGAGUACUGGAAUCGUUAGAUGACGUGGAUCCUCCGACUCUAUCUACAUUGAUGCAGCCGCUGGGUUACUGUGGAGAGUACCUGAACCCUCUCAAGUUUGCCCCCUUCAUGAGUCAGGUUGAGAAACAGGUCCUCAAGUAUGUCCAGGACCUCAAGGAACAUGAACUCAAGAGAAAGAAAACCGGGAGUAUCUCUGAGUUGCUGACUACCAUGAAGUGUCUUUGCCUUCACUUCUGGGUAGACGAUGUUAAGAAGGUCGAUGACCUGAGACUAAGCGUGGCUCUGCGUAUGCUCAACUCUCCUCACUUCAAUGCUAAGAUGAACAGUCUCAAGGAGAUUACCAAGAUGAUCGAGGAUACAAGUAUAUCCAGCAGGAAUCGGAAUGCUAUUGAGGAAGAGGUCAUCUUGGACUGGUUGGUGGAGAAUAAAGUUCUAUCAGUAGCACUCGAAGGUAAUAUAGACCAGUCCCAGUAUGCUGACAAGCUGAAAGGCAUCGUUGAGUUUCUAGGACCAAAACUCUCCAUUGAAGAUCUCACCAAGAUAUGGAAGAUGCAGAACGACCAACCACUGACCGUAGUGGACAACAUCCAUUCCAUCAUGGCAGCUGCAGCGGUCAAGUUCAGUGGCGAGCAGCUGGAACACCUCUUCCAUCUCAUUCAAAAGGCAUGGCAGAAUGAAAACGAGCGUGUGCAGGAGAAGCUCUUGAGCCUGAUCGGUAGGAUAGGUCGAGAUGCCAGGAGUCCUAAAACCACCUGCAAGGUCCUGGAACUGCUCUGGGACCUGGCCCACUUACCAGCCAUUCCUAAGAACCACAUGGAACAUGCCUUAGAGGAACACCUCUUUAUCCUGAGUGACUCUCUAGCUGUUGGAAUGCAAAUCAAGAACAAAUACGUUGCAAAGUGUGUGGAAGAUAUCAAGAGGUGUCAGUUCGUAGUACCAGCCCUGAGACAGAUUCACCAGAUAGCCAAGGGUAUCACCAAACAGAGCUACAGCAAGACUGAUAAGAGUUUACCCCAGGAGCUGAACAAGACGUAUGACAUCAUCAAGCUGACCACACAGAGUCUCAUGAAAUGUCACAAGAUGGCUAUCAAUGCAGCUGGGCAGGAUGGCUUGUCUGGUAGUACUAUAGUGGAUGGCAAGUACACACAUUGUGAGCAUGUUGAGAUCCAUCUGAAAUUCCUUGCAUUCAUUCUACAAGAGGGCGCCCUCUAUCUCCAGUGGCAUCGAGCGAGGGAGAUCUGGGAUACGUUGGUAGCGAACCCAGAAGCUUGUGAGGCAGACAGAGAGACAUGCUAUGAGUGGUUCCGUCAUGGUCUAGCGGACCUGGAGACAGAGACACAGAUGCAGCUCUUCAAGGAUAAGCUACUCAGACUAGAAUCAACCCACCUCUCACCCAUGGGCUUUGACUGUGUACGAGCGUUCUUUGAGUCUAUCAACACAAACAAUCACAGUCUACGCAAGGGUGCUACAGGACUGAUUGUUGAGAAGCUGGACCUGUUUGGCCUUGAUUUCAUGUGGAAGAUGGUUCUAGAGUCUACCAACGAAUCCAUCGCUGAGAUGGCUAUCAGACAGAUCAUGAGCAUGUCUUAUACCAAUCUAGCUCAGAGACUUAAAAAGGAUGUGCUUGAUCUUCAUAAGCAUUUCAUCUCCGAGUGUUACAAACGUCUUGAGCUGGCGUACAUGGCAGUCAAAGGUACAGCCAUGGCAGAGGCUGUUGCUAUGGCAACUAAGACGUUGACAGCAGUGUCCGUGCCCGAGGCAGCCAUUGUACCAUGUCCAUCAAGGGCGGGUAAGCUACUGGAAAUCGAGAGGCUUCUGCAGCUAGCGGAGACCUACGUCGUGACUGUUGAAGAUCAGUUCACAUCACCACGCACAAUCCUUCCACAUGGUGCAUCCUUCCAGGGUCAUACCAUCACAAUGCAUGUCACAUGUACAGACUCGCAUCGUAGUGAGUUUGUUAUAGUGGGUCACAGCAAUGAAACAUUACAGAGUGUAAGACACAAGAUAGCACAGCGUCUCAAGACAACACUAGACAAUGUACAGAUUAUGGCCCAUGAUCGCCUGAUGCUAACUACCAAGGAUCAGAAGCUGUUAUCUGAACUUGAGUUUGAUGAGGAGCAAGAUCUUAACAUCAAGCUUCAUGGACCGGUCAGCUCAACGGUCAGCAAUAGUGCCCGCAUCGAUGAGAACAUGUCAAGUUUUGGACAGCAGUCUGAGCUGGAGCGUUCGUUACCUGGUGUCGUCAUGGCAACUGGUGGUCAAGUCUUUGACAUGCUCUAUCAAACUGCCGAUAUAGAUGAACCAAGGAUAACAGAGAGAGUUCGGAAACUUCUCAUGAUGAUUCCCACGGAUCCAUCGAUACCGGAAUCAUUGGAUUCUAUAUGUAGACAGACCUCAGACAAUGUAACUAGUCUAGGUGGAGAAACGUCAGGGUCUGAAAGCAACAAGGAUUCUUCCAGGGCAACCCUAGAGGGUUUGUUCAGAGCUAACAGUACACAUGGCAUGUCAGCAUUCAGAGUGCUCUACAACCUUGAGGUUCUGAGUAGCAAGCUGAUGCCUUCAAUGCAGGAAGACAUCGGUACCCAAACCAGCGCACAGAACUUCAGAGAGAGCUUCCUCAAUGCAGGAGGUCUGAGUCUAGUCAUAAAUGCCUUGCAGAAAGAUUCCAUUCCACAAGAUGUUGAUGAUGAGACCAGGAGGGGAUGUUAUUCUAUAUGUCUACAGUUAGCAAGGUUUCUACUAUGUGGACAGACGACCACUGAUCUCAAGGAAAGUGAUCUGUCACUCAAUGACAGCAGUGUCUUUGAUAACUCUGGAGCAGAUUCAUCUACUGUCUUCUCAUCUAGCUAUGGAAGCUCACCUCGUAAGAUGAGUCUGUUAGAAAGAAUAUCCAGCGUAGAGGCCAGUGGGGAUCUAGCAAAUAGAGAGGGCACUUCGGUGGCAAUCACCGUCAUUCAGACUAUGAAUGCCAAUGACUUCACAUCGAUGAUCGCCUGUCUUAUGCGUGUUACCUGGGCAGCGGCUGCAGGUCAGCUAAGAUUAGCCAGCGCUAGCCAACCCAUCAAGGAGGUGGCCGGUGGAGGGUUUGCUAUGGGCAUCGGUAGGAGGAGUAGGCAUAGCAGUGCAGGGAGUACAAACAGUUCAUCCAGUCAUGAUAGCGAGUCUCAGGUAUUACAUGCUGGGAUCUGUCUCAAUACUACGGCUGUCAGUGGGAAAGAUGCAGCCAUAGCCAGGGAAGCUCUGGAACUACUUGUAGCUUGUCUCCAGCUUAGGACACAUAACCUAGGUGCCUUAUAUACCCUGCCUGGAGUGAAUGACUUCAUCAUCGACAUCCUCCUCUCCUCGCCCCACCCUGAGGUGAGGGGUGCAGCCCUGGACCAGUUCUACACCCUCACCUCCACCAGCAUCAGUAACGAGAGCGUGAGGAUCCUGCAUCCUCGGGACUUUGUGCUCCAGGUCCUCCUCCAGGCCCGAGUGCCUCUCUGGACCUCCAGCUCACUGGUUAGAGGAGCUAACCAAAGAAUACUGAACCAGUCCGCACAGUACUUUGAGUUGAGAUGCCGUCUUCUGGAGGGAUUGAGGGUGAAUGAGCAGAAGUUCUUGAAGGUCAACAUCGUGUCCAUGCUUGGUGAUGAGAUCGACUGGUUACAUAACUUUGAGCCUGGAGACUCUGAGGAUAUGAACCUAUCUAGUACAGAUAACACCAUCGUAGCAGGUCAUCUUCAUCUUAUCAGGACGCUACUCACAUGUGAGGGGGUCGACAAGAGGAAAAUAGGUGAGAGACUACUGAACAGUCUACUGAACGAGUACCUCUUCCCUGCAUCACGUCUCGUCAUGCAUCAAGGAGAUAACAGUGAGAAAGGAGACUCGAGAAGAGACUACAAUUCAAAGAUAUCUGGCAAAGAAUCACGUGUAGCAGCCUUUGAGCUACUUGUAGUACUGUGUGAGGGCUGUCCAUACAAUCUACAGAGGAUUGCAUCACAGCUCAUUAAUAUGCAUCAUCAACUGGACCCUUCCAUUGCCAAAGAGUGGGAGUUCUUGCCACCAGUAGAAGGUAGGAUGACCAAGUAUGUUGGUCUGAAGAACGGAGGUGCUACAUGCUACAUGAACGCUGUUAUCCAGCAGCUGUAUAUGACUCCAGGCAUCAGGGAGGGUAUCCUUGCUGGCCACACCCCUGAGAAAGAGAAGGGAGAGGACACCAUCUUCUAUCAGAUGCAGAAUGUCUUUGGCCACCUCCUGGAGAGCAAGCUACAGUACUAUGAACCCGAGAGGUUCUGGCAGGUCUUCAAGUUCUGGGGAGAACCAGUCAACGUCAGGGAGCAGCAAGAUGCCUUUGAUUUUUUCACGAUACUCACCGAUCAGCUGGAUGAGUACCUCAAGAAAUCCGGUCAGAAAGAGGUGAUGAAACAAAAAUUCCAGGGUCUCUAUCUCAAUCAGAUGAUAUGUCAAGACUGCCCUCAUAGGAAAGAGAGGGAAGAAGAAUUCUUUGCCCUGAACCUGACAGUCAAGUCAAACAAUCUCAACGAUUCUUUAGAGCAGUUUGUGAGAGGAGAGAUGUUGGAAGGAGAGAAUGCUUAUCUAUGUGAAGAGUGCAAUGAAAAGAGGAAUACGAUCAAGAGGACAUGUAUCAAGACACUGCCACCAGUCCUUGUCAUUCAGCUGAAGAGGUUUGGUUACGACUGGGAGGCAGGAAGAGCUCUCAAGUUUGAUGACUACUUCAAGUUUCCCUGGGUGUUAGACAUGGAGCCGUUCACUUCCAAGGGCAUGGCUCGUAGAGAGCAGCAGCAGCAGCAGGCCGAUGAUCCACCCAGCCCUAUGAACUACCAGAGACACGUCUCCUCUCAGAGCUCUACCGAUGAUCUCUACCAGCUGGUGGGAGUGGUCGUUCACAGCGGACAAGCCAACGCUGGUCACUACUACUCAUUCAUCAAGGAUAGAGGAGGUACAUCCAUGACCAACAUGAGCAAGGGGAAGUGGUUCCGCUUCAACGACACCCAGGUUGAGGAGUUCAUCAUGUCGGAUGCUGCCCUCGAGGCUGAGUGCUUCGGAGGUUCAUUCAGGUCCAAGUCAAAUGAGACUACAGGUUCAUACGGACCUGAGAACAGAUUGAGAACAUGGAGUGGUUACAUGUUGUUCUAUGAGAAGAUGGAGGGGAUGAGAAGCCCUGACCCUAUGGCUAGGAUAGGACGCAAGGGAUACCAUGGUGAUAUACACGGGAGUAUGGAUGGUCUGAGUUCCCCCGAGCUGUCCCCUACAGGAGACAGGAUGAGUGAGCUCUCAGCCCUGGUUCACAAGGGUGAGAAGAGAGGGUUCUUCUUGGAUAAGAUGCCUGCACCAAUCCAGAGACAGAUAGAGGAUGAGAACCUACAGUUCUUGAAGAACAGGGCCGUCUACAACCAGGAGUACAUCACCUUUGUCCGCAAGCUGGCAUCCUGCAGUUUGCAUAUGACAUACCAUCCAGCAUACAGUAUGAUGGCCCAGCAGAGUAUCAAGCUUGCCAUGCACUUUGUUCUCAACACUCUCUUCAGAACAAAGAAGAAACUCCGGUAUGAUUUAGAGGACUGGAGAGAUCUGAUUGAUAGCAUAGUGAAAGACAGUCCGGAAGCUUGUGAAUGGGCCCUGGAAGUCUUGGCAUCAUCACAAGGCAGAGACUACCUCAAGGCCUUCCUACUAGAAUGUCCCAGUCAAGAGGUUCGGAUGGCUAUGGCUAACAUCGUCAAGAGUGUCAUGCAGAGCUUCGUCCUGCGAUCCCAUGACACGCACCAAGCCAACCUGGAUUUCAUCCUUGAGCAUCUCCUGUCUCUCCUGGACAAGGAGGUCCUGGAGCACUGCAGGAGUUGUGUCCAGUACUUCUGGCUCCUCAGCAUGUACUUGGAGCUGGGUUCAGAUACCUGUGAGCACCUGUUCAGGAGGAAAGCUUUCCAGAGACUCAUCACAUUCCUCAUAGGACCCCCUUCAGAGCUGAAUGACUUGGACAUCCAGACGAGACGGUGGACAUCACUUCAGACUAGAGAGUUUGGUUUCCUGCACACCAUGCUUGCUGCCAUGGUUCUACACUCAGAUGUAUCUCCAUACUGGUCUGUUGACCUUGGUGACAAGCCUAAGAGGAGACCCAUCUUGAUCCUAGAGAACCUGAACAGAUUAUUACCAGUGCCAGAAGAUAUGAGACAUACUCUGUUUGGUCCUCCAUGCCUCAAGUAUAUCAAGGAGUCUGUGCUAGCAUUCCGUGAAGUUCAUUCCUCGACCACACCCAUUCUUGAUAUGUUGCUACAUUGUAGCUUCUGCAAUGAAGGAUUCACAUUCAAUGUCAUGAUGAUCAUACAUAGUCAAGUAUCGUCUGCUCCAGCCAAUGAGCUGAAGGCUAUCUUUGUGCUGCUAUUAGAGCUACUGCUACUAGAUGAUCCUCUACAGCUAAUAAGAUUGAAGCUGGCCAUGGAAGGCAAUGAAAGCAAUGGACUCUUCAGUAUCAUCCGUAACUGUACGGGCAAUGACAGCCGGCGGUCCUACCAGUGCAUCAAGUUCUUGGUCCAUCUGUCCAACAAGUCACCAGCAGCCAAGGAAUACCUGACAUCGGUCUCCCAGAAGUGGCACUGGGCAGUCAACUGGCUCAAGAAGAAGAUGACAGAGCACUACUGGAACCCUCAGAGUUCCAUCUCCAACGAGUCGUCCACCAGCAAGGGUUUCCAACGCACCAUGAGCGCUCAGGACACCCUGGCCGAAGCCACCGCUCUCCUCACCGAUCUCACCACGCAGGAUGAAGACGAGGAUGAUGAUGCUAUCACCAAGGAGGAGGAUGAGGGAGAAGAGACCACAGAGGGCACCGUCACUCCCAGGAUGGAGGUCAACGGGUCGUCGGAAGGGUCAGAGGUCAAUGGAAACGGCGGUGGGGAGAAGCCGACGGAAAAGAUAAGCGGGAUAGACGAUGUGGAUGGAUAGCUUGAUGAUCAGGAAGGAAAGAGAUUAACUCCUUCCCUACUGGAACCAGAUGGCUCAUGUGUCAAACCUAUGUGAUUGAAAUAAUGCAGGAGUCAAUGGGUUGAGAGAGAAAGGAACCAUGCCUGAGAAGUUGAUUGGGAUAUAGGGUAUGGACAAAUUAUUCUGGUCUGCAUGGCUAUGAUCUGAGCGAAGGAGAUUGGUAGCAGAGAGCUUUAAUGGAGAGGAUAGCAGGUCUGUAAGGAUUGAUCCGGACGAUACACUCUACGUGUUAGUUGAUUCUGUGAAAGGAACAUGGAGGAGUACGGCAUCCUCUUAGCUCCAGAAAGAACAGUAAACCAAGGGUUUGACUUUGACGAGAGUUUGAACUCCAUUGCAUGUACCUGGAGAAAGAGUGAUCAUCACUGUUGGAAUGAAUGCAGGUAGAUCAAGAAACUAAGGGCCUUGAUUGUGUUUUCCAGUACCCAGACCCAGUCCUGGGCCCCGUCUUAUAAACAGUUGAUAUCAAUUGCAACUUAUUUUGUGAUUGAUAUCAAUCGCAACUAUGUACAUAAGAGAUAGGAGACUGUAAACUUGCGAUUGAUCGGAGGACUUGCGGUCGAUUUGGAUCAAUCGCAGGUCUCUACAAGACGGGGCCCUGGAUGCAUAUCUUGUCCAAUAUCUAGUCCUUGUUCAGAAUCUAGACCUAGGCUAAGACACGGAAUCAGUCUCAUCUAUCCCAAGUUUUUGCAGGUCUUUCUCUCAUAGCAUCCUUUUAGACGAGAUGUGAUGAUAACCCUUUUGAUGAAUGUGUUUUCAUUUCCAUGGUUAACGAAGAGCUGUUUUCAGAAAGCUUGAACUCAUGAUGCAGGAUAUUACAUUCUGAUAGAUGAACACAAAAGCAUCAUUUAUUGAUUGUGCAAAGUGUGUUAUUGAAAUAUAUAUAUAUCUAGAACAGAUUUUGUAUGAUGUAUGAUUUUAAUAAUGGCUAUUUAUAUAGCGCUGGUAUCUGCCAGGUACUGGUGCUCAUGGCACUCAAUUUUCUUCAGAGAAAAUGAAUCUACUUAAAUUCUCUUUCGCUAAGAUGUCAUUAAUUAGGUGGAAUAUGGUAACUAUGACAACAUAAUCAGACAAAGCAAUAUAUUUCAUGUGAAUGAUAAGCAUGCAACACAUAGUGGAACCAUUUCACUACUUUUUGUAGAUGUUGUUGCAAUCUUGAUGCAAUGUAUAUCAGUCUUGUUGAAGUGACCUUCAUUGACCUAAGUUCAAUGACCUUCAAUGACCUGUCAGCAAGUUCAGGGUAGUUUGAUAUAGCCAUACUUUUACUCUAUUUUUCAUAUCACUUUUGAAAAUCUCUGAAUAUGGAUGUUGAAAUUGGGUUGUUUUCUGGCCCCUUCUAUUGAUUUCCCUACUAGCAGGAACAUUAUAACAAUGAUGUAAAUUCCUAAAUUGUAAUUUAACAAACUGGUAAUUAAUCUGGGUUAAGGGCAUUAUUUAAUCAGAAGAAUAUUUACAUCGAAGCUGCCGUCGCAUACUCAGGACAAUUAUGUAUGACCUACAUGUAUGUAGUCAUAUGUAUGUCAUAGGCUUAUACGCAUUUCACCAAUUAGAAAUAUAUCAGCGAUAUGUGUGUUACUAUAUCUACAUAUUAAUUACUUGACAACUGGGCCUAUGAGGUUCUAAUGAAUAUGGGCCCAGAAGUCUGGUAAUGAUAUUUAACAGAAUGUAAGGAUAAGAGCUUUUAUAAGGGAAUUGGGUAAAUAAAUUUUACUGCUGAACUGGUUUUGAAGUGCAUUUGUAUUCAUUGGUGUACAUACACACAAGUGCCAUUCUGAAAACGAUGCAAGUUUGACAAGUUUAAUUUUCAAAAGUUCUUACAUCUGUCAUGUUUCUUUGAUAUUUAAACCAAACUUUCUACUGAGAUCACAGACUUUAUGAAUACGUAGUGCCUCGAUGUUACAUCUGCAUCCAUACUAAAACUUUUUGGCAUUUUCAUAGAGAUUGCAACGUGCUUCACUGUCACAGAUCGGCUAGAUAUCCAGUCUUUAUACUGGCUCUUCUGCAUGAGUCAUACAUGUAAAAGUAGGCAGCUCUUUUAGAAAGUUGAAUAUUUAUGCAGUAAAGUUAAAAUGUGGUAUAGUUAACAUGCGCUUUGUCAUAUGAAUAGUCAAUGCUGAAACAAUGCUCAUUAUGGUUAAUGCCUUUCGCUAAAUGAACACGUCAAGGUCACUAAGUUAUCAACAAAAUACAAUUCUGAAGAAGAGAAAUGUGUUCCAAUUUGGAACAUUCAAGAACUGGUGAUGAUACUGAUACAAGCCGCGGUAUCCAUGACUGGUUUUAGGGUCCUUCUGACAAUUACCCAAGAGUAUACAUCGUCUGUUUGGAGUGAGAAGGGCGUUAACGCAUAUACUGUAACACAGAGUUAACACCCUUCUGGCUCUGAACAUACGAUAUAUUCACUGAAAUAUGAUAUAAUUACAAUUAUAAUUAUAAAUUUGAUUGGGUUUCCUUUGUAUGUAUAUCAAAUAAAUAAUUGAAAGAAUAUAAAUUGAAGUUGAAAAAAAAAAGUGGAUCUGUACGUUGAGAAUUUGUGAGGUCAGUGUUUGCAAAUUUGCUUUGAUGUAGUACUACAACUUAUUCUUCUUUUUCCUCAGCUGAUGUUGAGGAUUAUUUCAUAUUCUUCCAAAGAGGAAAUGCAUGGUUGUGUUAAGGUCAACAGACAGUUAUAUUUUUUUAUGUGAUAUUUUAUUCUGGAAUUCGAUUUGGAAAAAAAAAAGGAAAGCAAUAUUAAGUUUAAUAUACAAUGUGUUAUGCAAAGCAUUUCUUUUUAUUAAAUCAUCGGUUAGAAGUACAGAUUCUCAUAGAGCAAUUUGAGGGAGCGAUUUUUGGGGAAAAGAAACAUGACUGGACAAUCGAAAAAUUGACUGAGUUUUUUGCUGUAGGAUCCUAUGAGUUUGUAGUACGAGGUCGGAGGAGUGAAACUGAUAGAGAUGUAUUGUAACUUGCAGUACUGUUAAACUGAACAAAAUCAACUAUGUGCCAUUGUGAUUUAGAUUUUAGAAUGACAUUAACAAUUGAGAUAGAAUCGCAUAUUUUUUUCCUUCUUUUUUUAUAUACUUGUAGUGUUUUCUCUUUUAAUUUUUUAAUGAAUUUUUCCACUUCAUCUAAUGAAAUAAAAGGCAAUUCUAUUCUCAUAAGAUGCAUUUUACUAAAAUAUUAAGAUAAAAUAUCAAUGAUCGGAAAAAGUUACCAAUUCUUUCUGGCAUAAAAAGUUGUGUGUAAAUGCAACUCCAAAACUUAUAUGCAAGUUGAAAAUAUGCCGUUGCAGAUUAGUUGAUAGUCAAGUUGCGUUUAUUUUGUUUAGUUGCGUUUAAACACGAGCUUUUAUGCAAGAGGAUGCAGAAAUGUAAUAUUCAAUGUCGCUAUCAAUAUUUUUGCUUUGAUAGGUGGUGGUAAAACUUGCACCUGCUAACAUUCUGAAUGAACUAAUUCAUGUCAAAUUUAAUAUUUUUAAAGUUCUUUUAUUCACAAUCAUCUGCAUCCUGUUUGCAUGAAGACUGAAUUAAUGAAUGCAUAACUUCAUCAUUGGUUGGACAACAUUCUUUAGUUCUUUACAUGUAUGUCCAUUUUACACAUUAAUGCUAUGUUUUGAUAUGCCUUUUUAAUUCACUUCAAUUUGUCAUUUUGUUGUUGGUUUUUGAGUUGCUUCCAUAGAAAAUUUUGAAAAAACUGAAACUUUGUGAUAAAUGCUUUCAAUGACUUUGUAUUCUAUUAAGUAGUAAUGAAUAAUUCACAUGCAAUACAACAAUAUCUGUAUCACUAUGCUCCCCACCUAAGCAUAGUACUGAAUAAGCUUUGCAAGAUAUUUUGAAAUAAUUUUUCUUUUUUAAUGUGCAAAAUGAAUUGACUUAUUUUGAUGUGUAUGUGUUGAUGUACUUCACUGUUGUCCAUACAGAAGAAAAGAGAUAUACGAACAAAGUUAUUUAGAGAUGGAUGUUUUUAAACAUGGAUUUAGAUUGUCCAAUGAAUAAGAGUACUGUGUAUGUAUCUAGAAUAUACUCAGGUACCUCUCAGUGUAGUUUAAGACUAGAGAAGUUGUUUAUAUAUGAAGGGAAAAGAAGGUUUCUAUGAAAUACAAGAAAGUGUUUUUGAUGCAUUUCUUUCCUUUUUAUGUUGAGAAUUUUAUCGAGUGAAUUAAAAAGAGGUUACUUUGCAAUCAGAUUGGAGGAAUGUACAGUUUAUUUGGAUGAAAUGUAAAGAAUAAAUGAUGUUGUGCUGAUGAGAGUAUAACAUGAAUAAAUACUAUUUCAAUUUGAAUUAAAA